AUGCAGAACUCCGUCAGCGCCGUGGUGGCUCGCAUCCGCGCUCGCAGCUGUGGCACGCCGAUGCCCUUUGCGUCGCAGGUGCCCGUCCAGAAUUCGGAGUCAGGUCGAGGAUACACGAUUGGCCGCGAGUACCCGUGCAUGGGCAGCGGGUCAGCUCAUGCCAGCAUUCUGGCUCCAGUUUGCGCCAGCCUGACUUUCUGCGUGAUUGUGGGCAAGUCCCUCCACAUGUUCGGCAAGUGA